CAAGCAACUGACGAAGGCAGCGAGUUCCUUCCCACUCCCGUGCACAGGACGACGGAUGUUGGUGACAUCAACAACGCCACACCACUGCAACCUCCACGGCUCUCGUCAAUGAUAUCCUUCGGGGACACUGCAACUUUUCAACACCAUUCUGGGGGCACACCGCAGCUGCAAAUUUCAUCAUCUUCUCGUGGACACGUAGACUUUAAACUCCCAGAAGCGAUUUUGGCCUACCGGCAGCUUGUCUACGACAACGCCUCGGGUUCCAAUCCCGAAGACGGGCGCUCCGUUUUUCAGCACAUUUCACAGGGCGGAUGCGCGCUCUGCGAGUAUUUUGGGCUCUUCGUGAUCGGAUUCUCCUAUUGGCUGCUCCACGUGCAAGAUUUUGUCGUAUUUUCAGGAGAUAAGACGAAGGUCCGAGCUGGGUUGAAUCACGAACUACACGUUGGAGCAACUAGCGCGACAGAGGCAUCCGUGAAGAAGAAAAAUUAUGGACACGGCGAGCAAGAGGAGCUGUACUCUACUCAACAUGUCAGCGACGAUGACGCUCAUAUCACUUUGUCCAAGUCAACAAGAAAGAGGUGCUGCGACUUUUUCCUCUUACCGCUGAAAAUCAGUUCUCUGCUCCGCAUCUGCCUCCUCGCAGCCUGCAGCCUCUCCUGGCUCAUUCUGCGCAGUCCGCGGGGCAGGUAUUUCCUGCGCAAUAAGGGGGGCGUUUUGGCGACACUGCGGGCCUUGUUUUUCGAGGUGGAUCGCGAGUGGUUGGCGAGUUUGUGGUCAACAUCUACUUCAACCGACUACAGCAUGCCCUUCGUCGAUGGCGGAGGGCGAGUGUCGGAUGAUCUUCGUGCCGCUCCCUCAUCGAGCGUCGACACAAUUAGUGCGGAAAAGUCUUCCAACUUGGACGUCGAAUAUCACCUGCACUUGUUUACACUUUGUCUCGCCCUCUUCCUCAGUGUGAGCUUCGCCGUGAGCUACAUCGCACUGCUGACCAGCUGGAGUAGUCGCCUCUCGCUCGGUGUGCACGGUGUGUUUGAAGCAGUGGGCGUGUACAGGUGGAAAAGCACCUGCCUGUCGUCUUGGUCGUCCCGAAGAUGUUGUAAAAAAUCUGCAAAUACUCUUCACCACGGUGACAAGAGGCAGCAACAAGGAGUCGGAAGGGCGUCGAUGGCGACGACCUCCCUUGCACAGAACAUCAAUCGGCGGGAACGAGCGAGCGGAAACGCGCGGCGAAGAAGAUCCGCAAACGGUCGGCGAGGAGGACAGAGACGCCUGCGACUGCGGGUCCACGCGGCCCCACGCGGGGGCGAAGAUCAUUCUCGUGGCCCCGGCGGAGGUCCUCCUCGCAGCAAUCUGACGCGGGAAGCGAGCGACGAUGUGCUGCUGACGGACGACGAGGAAAUCAAUGCUGGACAAGAAGAACUUCUACACGACGACAGCGCGGCUGGACAAGAACUACAUCAAGUAAGUAGCGAUUCUACUUCUGACGACGAGAUGCAAGAAACGGACGAUGAGGCGAGGCCCACGAACCAGUCGUUAUACGGCAGCGACUUCAACGACGCCUCGCCCAUCGUGCUGGAAAGGCGGUUUCUGUCCGACGGAAGUCUCCACCGGAACGACCGCUCCAGGACGUUCUCCGGGGGACGACCCAGUCCGGGGUUAGAAGUGAAUGACGACAACUCUGCUGGUCCUCGUCGUUGCCCUAGAACUUCUACUGAGAUCCCAUUCAUCUUCCCCAGCACGACUGUGUUUAAUGGCACGGGGGAUGAAAGCCAGUUCGCAAAUUUCCUCGCUUUUCUCACAAAUCCCGUAGAAGAUGUCGAACGCUUGAAGACCUCCACUGCGGCUCAACAAGAACAUGCUCCGGGCCGCGUGCUGACUACGGUGCUCCGCUGUGUCUGCGUUGUUUUCACCCUCCUCCUCGCUCUGCCCUUCAACGCGGACGCUGUUCUUUUGCUUCUGAACCGGUUCGUCGGGCCGUUUCUGUUCGUGCCGCUGCUCUGGUGGUUCCCCGUGGGGUGCAGUGCGGUGCUUCGUGACGCGCCGAGGAGAGAUGAAGUUGAACAAGAGAAUGCACCUGGCGAAACAAGAACGCCUGAAGUUUCGUCCUUUGCCGCGGCGGCGGACGCGGUCGUGGCGGACGCCAAGGGGACGAACUUUUGCAGAGGAAGAAUCACGCGUGAAGAUUUCUUCACAUCUGAUACCUAUCAAAUGUAAAAAUGUCUGGGUCUGGAAGAAUGCAACUUGUGAUGCUGCAUCUGGAUUCCAGAAAAAUCUGUAUUGCAUGAGUACCAAAAGGAGUUUAAUUUUUGCUACGUUGAGAGGGCAUUUGUCAUGCGGAAUAGGCAUCAAGAAGCUCUCAGAAAAUCUGUGAUGCUAGGGCACGCAUCACAGACAUCAGGGCUCAUGCCAAACGUGCAUGACAACUGUCAGAAUCUUCCAGACCCAGACAUUUUUACAGUUGAUAAUACCAUCAAAGAACAGAACAAAGAUCAUGCGAAGAACGGCGAAGGCCGCCACCUCCUCGUCGGCGAAAAUCAUAAUCUUCCGGACGAAGAUGAAGCAGCCUUAUCGCCGUCAGAGGAAAUAAUUACGUGCCCAAAAAGAUCCUUGUCCUGCCCCGCGCCCCUGCCCGCGCUUGUGCUGUUAGGAGAAGUAGUCGAAGAUGAACUACCGAGAAAACUAAACGAGAACGGUGGUGAAGAAGUCAACAACCACGAAAACUGCCAUCGUCGUGAGCACAACGCUCCCACGUCUCCACCAGCUGCGCCUUAUAAUCCUGCCACAGUACCUGCUGUACCGGUAGCAGUACCACAGUUUUUACCCGCGCCCCACUUGAUGGAACCAAGAAAGACUCUUUGUGCUAGUCGUACUAGCUUUGUACACGACAGAAAUCAAAAGCGUAUUGGAGAUGAUGUUUUUGAUACAGGCUCUUCUUCUCGUCCGAAUAGGAAAACUAAUGAAGCUUCACCUCUAGCUGCUGCUGCUACUCUUCUCACCCUUUUCUCCGAGCACCUCGCGGACUGUAGCUGGCUCGUGAUUGACCUGAGCGUCUCGGUUUUGGUUUACCAGCUGCUGGUGAAUUUUGAGGUGCUCGCACCUGCCUUCUCCGGUUGCAGUAGUCGUUCUACGUCUACUUCGGAGGUGGUUCUCUGGGAUGAGGCUUUCUUACCCCGUCCACGGCGCACACAGAGAGAACUACAGGCAGGUGAAGGAGCGGAAAGUAGCUUUGUGACGUCUGAUCCAUUUCCGGCAAUACCCGCCGAGCAAAAAUUGUACUCCUGGUCUGCAGCCGAGGCACAGUACCAGAACUGUAUGAGAGGUCUUGUGCACAAAUUGACCUUUUUUUAUACUCCUCAGCCGCAUGUUGUCCUCGUUGUAUCUACAGCUACAGAGGCAACAGCUGCAAAGAGAAAGACGCAGCUUCUCUUGUAUGUGUUGGCUCGCUCGUUUGUGGAGCUUGUCAACAUGGAAGCAGUGCGAAAAGCAAGCCAAAACUGAGCUGGUAACCAAAUGCGUGGUCGUAGUUUGAUGCAUAAGUAGGCUCCAUUGGUUCAAAAUGACGGGAGUGAAGAAGUAGGGGAUAUUUGUGCACUCUCAUAAUAUGGCCGGACCCCGCAAGAGACGCCCCAUUAUGGCCGCUCUUGAAGCAGCAGGUGCAGCACAAGGUGGCUUCAAUUCUGUUUCAUCCAGCGCCCAGAGAAUACUGACACAUAUUUCAUUUUUUACAUGUUUUGUUCCGUGGUCGUGAAUAUUCCUCGAUCACGGCAUUUUCUUUCAGAAAAAAUCCAAUUGCCCGAGAACAUUGAUGUGUACACGAAAAUGAACUUCCAGAAGUUAUCCUUACUCACAGUACAGCGCGCUGCGUUUUCGGAGCAUCGAACGAGGUGGUGAUGUAGGGUAGGUGAUCUGCUCUUGCUACAUUACAAUGACUCUUCCGUGCGGAAAUGCAGCUCUGCGGCAGUUUUAUUUCUCU